UAAUUUUAAUUAAAAAGAAGUUAUUAUUAAUAAACGUCCUUUUAUCAUCCGUACCUUCCGUUGUAGUAAAAAAACAAAAUUUAAUACUGGUCCAGUGUAUUUGUAUAAAAUGUGCCUACGGUUUAAACAUCUGUGGCAAGGCAACAGAGUUUGUAAUUUCUCCUAACCUUAUCUGUCUGUACUUUUUUCAUGUUUGGUUUCUGCUUUAUCAAUUUCUAAUUAAUGUUAUCUCAUUAGGUAUUCGCUGAAGUCCAAGUUCAGUCAAGUGAUUAUUUGCCAAUAUUUGUGGAAAUUGUAUAACUUCAGGAAUGGAUUUGUAACAUAUUUUCGAUGAAAUAAUGGAAAUUGAUGAUAGACAAGCUUCUCAAAUCCAUGGGAUUAUUAGUUCAGAUUCAGACAGUGACUACAACAGUAGAGAAUUCGAUGAAGAAUACUACUCUCUCAAACCUCCCCCAUUGGAAUACGAGUCAAUUAAAGAUAAAAUUGUUAUCGUAUCUCGAAAACAAAUAGUGAAUGCUUGGAUGGAACGAUUAGAAAACUCUGAGAAGAACAACGAAGAAAAAACUAAAUCUGUUGGUAACGUGACGCUAGUAACCAAAACGAAAAAGAAGAAGAAAUCAAAGUCUAAGACAGUUAGUAACGUGGAGAGCUCUGGGAUAGCCGCAGUUAGCAAUGAUAAAGUAAACAAUGAGUUCUCUGAAUUAAAGGAAUGUGUAGAGGAUGAAAUUCACAAUAAACCGGGAACCAGUGCAGUGGUUAGUAAUGAAGCUUCAAGAUAUGUAAUACUUCCUGAUCUACCUAAGAAAGUAGCACAGAAAAUGUUAAAAGAUAAUGCUCAAAAACAAGUAUUUAAUAGUCUGUCAAAUGAAAGCUUGGGCAGCUUUGUCAGUACAAAGAAAAAAGAAGCAACUAAAAUUAACUCGCCAAAGAUAUUUUAUGAUUCUGAUACUCUGAAGAAAGUGGAAGAAAAACUGAGCGGACUGGAAAAUGUUUGGCACUCGGGAUUGAGUGACAAAAUUGUCCUGCAAGAACAAAACUUACAGCGUCAGAAGGAAAGUGAAAUGUAUGAAUUUUGGAUGAAAUCAGCUCGUAUGGCAGUAAAACCAGAACAAUCACUCAAAAAGGAGGGUAAAACUGUUAAAAACAACGGAAAAACCAAAAACGAAUCAAAAGCAUUAGUUGUAGAAACACAGAGUACAGAUCUACCAAAAAGUAUUAAGAAAAUUAAGAAAGAGGCUGCGGAAAAGGAAAAAAUGCAGAUCAAUAGCAAUUCUAAGAAAAACUACAUGCAAGAAUUAAACUUACAGUGUCAAAAAGAAACAGGAGGUACAAAUCUACCAAAAAGUAAUAAGAAAAUUAAAAAAGAGGCUGCGGAACAGGAAAAAACGCAGAUCAGUAGCAAUUCUAAGAAUAACAACACGGAAGAGUUAAACUUACAGUGUCAAAAAGAAAUCGAUAUGUAUGACUUUUGGAUGAAAUUGGCGGGUGUUAAUGUGAAACAAAAAAAAAACGUAGAGAAAGAGGAAAAAACUGUUAAAAACAAUGAAGACACCGAAAAGAAAUCAAAAAAACUGGUCGUAGAGUCACAGGUUACAAAUGUACUAGUACACGAUAAGGAAGUUGAGAAAGGGUCUGCAGAAAAGAAAAAAAAUGAGGUUAGUAACAAUUCUAGGGAAAACGACGCCCAAUAUUCCAAUUCAAGACUUCUAGAAAAAGAAACGAUGGAACAAGUGUGGCAUCUUAAUAAUUAUGUUAAUAAUCAAAUUACCGCAGCGUCAUACGGCAUUGAAAGCCCUACUAGGAUUAAUUAUGAGACAGAAAAAGUAAAUACAAUAAUAAAAGCUAAGAAAAAAAUGAAAAGAAAGAAGAAAACUAAACAAGCAGACGACGUAUCAGUAAACCAAAGUUUGAUGAACGAGGCAGGUAACGAUGAAGUCAUUUCACUAGAGAAUGUGACCAACAAGGCUGAAGGUAACUCUCUGGUGCAUACAGGUCCUAAUGAAACCAUAGAAAUGUCUCGUAACGAAGAAAAAUAUAACCCCGAGCUGCUUGAUAUAGAUCUCGUGGAACGAAUUUGGUUUCUGCCUGAUAAUGUCCAUAACAAACUUCAGUAUAUUACCGAAAUUCAAGCAGCAGCAGUUGGAGAAAUUAAAACCAAAAGGAAGAGGAAGAAGAAAUCAAAACAAUUAGUUGUCGAAUCGGGAAGUGUGAAUCAGCCGGAAAACGUUAAGGAUAUUAAAAAGGAAGAAGCGCAAAUCAUUGAAAAUUUUAAAGAAACCAGCAUGGAAAUAUCAAACUCAAGACUUUUAGACACAAAAACUACAGGAAACCUGUGGUAUUUUGAUAAUAUUGUCGAUAAUCAAAUUCAGUGGUUUACCACACUAUCAAAUGGUAUUGAAAGCGACCCUAGAAAUAAUAAUGAAAUAGAGGAGACAAGUACAGCAAUAAAAACUAAGAAGAAAACUAGAGGAAAGAAGAAAAGUAAACAAAUAACCGAUACAUCAGUAAAGGAAAAUUUGAAGAACGAGGCAGGUAACGAUGAAAUCAGUUCGGUAGAAAAUGCGACUAACCAAGCUAAAGGUAACUCUCUGGUGCAGACAGAUUCUAAAGAAACCAAAGAAAUAUAUCAUAAUGAAGAAAAAUAUAACCCCCAGUUUCUUGAUGUGGACGUCAUGGAACAGAUUUGGUUUCUGCCUGAUAAUGUCCACAACAAAAUUCAGUAUAUUACCGAAAUUCAAACACCUACAGUUGAAGAAAUUAAAACCAAAAGGACGAGGAAGAAGAAGAAAAAAUCAAAACAAUUGUCUGUGGAUCUACCACCUGAAAUUAAUCCACAUAAUAAAGUAGGCCAAGACCUUGAAAAAACAAAUGAAGAUAGAAUUCAGAUGGAGGAGCAGCAAACAGAUAAUUCAACAGUCGUUUUGGAAAAGCAACAGAUUGCCCAGGAAUGUAUGGAUGCAAACACGAAAAGAAAUGAAAUUAUCAGUCACGAGGAUAUUCCGAUAAAUAAUGACUUAGAGACAACAUUGAAUCACCCAACAACUCUUGAAAACCCCGACUGUGUCUUUGGUGAGGAAUUCAAAUAUUUCAUACAAAACAUCGAUUGUGAAGACACUAGCAUUGUUCCAAACUUGAGCGCCUUUAAAUAUGAACAAUUACAGAGAGCGUAUAUGGCUUAUCAGGAAAAAAAAAACGUUGCCAAAAGUGGAAAUGUCGUGAACAAAGUUGCUACGAAAAAUCAUACGAGUGAAAGGAAUAUUGUUCGGCACUCUAUCGAGAAUCCAAAUACCAUGCUAAACGUCUAUUUCAUGUCUACGUCAAUUCCGAAUUAUUCAAACGGGAAUUGCAUAGCAUAUCUUGAUGAAACAAAUACUGUUAACGGAAUGGCAAAAGUAUCGGAAGAAUGUCAGAUAAAGGAGAGAAAUCUAGAAGCAGUCAAUAGAAUUACAGAAAAUUCAGUUCCCGCAGUCUUGGAAGAUACUUCUAAUGUUAUCAAUAUUCAUUCCUCUCCCAAAUUUUCGGAAGAAACUGUGAGUACUAGAUUUAAUUCUGAAGGUGAAACUAACAUAAAUAUAUCGCUUGAUAAUUUCAGUCAAAUUGAAAAGAAAUAUUGUAUAAGUGAUUCAAUGGCAGAUUUGAAGACAAAUUCAGCGACUACCAGACUUUGCGAUAACACUUUCGCUACAUCCAAAGAUUUCGACGAGUCGUUUGGAAUUUUUUCCAGAACUUACAACGAUGCGAUAGGCUUCGAUGUAAUUUCAACAUACAGUGUUGAUAAAUAUAAACAGUUAUAUAGAAUAAUGUAUGAAGGAAGAAAAAAGGACAGUUCUGCUGGUAAUGAAAUUAAGAAAACAAAAAACACGGUUCAAGACGCUAACGGACUUUGGUAUCAUUUAGACACUUCAAAUGAUGACUUUAAGCACAAUUCCCAGAUAACACCUACAUGUAGCACCUCAACUUCCGGUCAACAUAAUAUGAAAAACGAUUAUGGUGUUUCUGAACAAGGUACGAGAAAUGUACCAACAUUUUCCUGGAGAGGUGAAAAUUAUUGUAGCCGUUCUUCCAAACAAGCAGAAAACAGAAAUAAUUCCAAUGUGACAAUCGGAAAUGAAACGCCAUACUAUGAUGAUCCUAUUCGUAAAAUAGAAGCAAGGGAUCAUACGGGUAAUACUGAGAAUGCAAGGGAUUUAUUAAUUUUAGCAUUGUUUCAUGUUUUUUUAAUUUGGGCUGUGGCCUUUGUUAUUGCCAAUAUGAUAAAGAGUGUCGUUUCAUUUUUGUAUGAUAAUAUUUUUCUUGUGGCCUUUGUAAUUUUUAUGUGCGUGAAAUUUAAGUCUUGACGGGUGUGAUGUAAAUAAAGUGAUCAUGCCUCUCUUAUAUUUACAUAAUUAUAUAUUAAAAUUUUACAAACUUUAA